GUUGCUGGUCAGUGCGUCUCGUUUAACGAUACGAAGUGUAGCAGUCAGCAGCACUGGUGAAUGAUCGGCGAGUACAACGCGUUCGGUUUGGAGUCAUUUGAAAAGCUAGUUGCGCUCAUUUAAAAUAAUGUUUUGGCUUCGAAUAAUUCGACAAUUAAAAAAAUCGGAAACAACCCCUGCCAUUGGCGAUGCUUCGAAGAAUCAAACUCCACCAACGCUUCUUUCAAGUCUAAGAAGCGUACUCUUUGUUAUCGGAACUGUGGUGAUCGGUUUUGCCGCCUUUUGUAAUUCUCUGACAUGGCAUUUACAAAGAUUUUGGGGUGCAUCCGGCGAUUUCUGGCAAGCUCAGUGGGAUAAAAUUUUGGAUAAAUUUGGUGAUGAUCCUGUCACACUAUGGGUUUAUGGAUCCUUAGUGUUAACUAUCGCAGUUUAUUGGAUCGUCGGUGGAAUUUACACUCUUCUAGAUAUCACCAACCGGCCAGCAGCACUACGCAGAUAUAAAAUACAGCCCGGUACGAACGAGCCAGUGGACAAAAGGGAGUUAUGCAAAGUGAUCGUUCAAGUACUAUUCAAUCAGAUCGUCGUCGGUUUACCCAUUAUGUAUCUCGGCUAUUACUUCAUGGAAUGGCGCGGUUACCCUCCGGUGCGUGAGCUACCGACCUUCCACUGGGUGCUCGCCGAGAUCGCGAUUCACAUAUUAUGCGAAGAGAUUGGCUUUUAUUACUCGCACAGAUUUCUUCAUAAGCGUUCCCUAUAUAAGUACAUACAUAAACAGCAUCACGAAUGGACUGCGCCGAUAGCUGUCACCGCUUUGUAUUGUCAUCCUUUGGAAAAUAUUGGUUCAAAUCUACUUCCACCAUUCUUGGGUGUAUUCAUCAUGGGUUCCCAUGUGGCCACCGCCUGGAUUUGGUUUUCGCUUGCAAUACUUUCGACUUUGAAUGCACACUCCGGUUAUCAUUUACCAUUCUUCCCAUCGCCAGAAGCACAUGACUUCCAUCACUUAAAAUUCAACCAAUGCUACGGUGUGUUGGGCGUUUUAGAUCGCAUCCAUGGUACCGACACGCAAUUCCGCAACUCACGGAAUUACACGCGUCACGUAAUGAUGCUCAGUCUCCUACCGCCCAGAGAGGCUUUUCCAGAUGAAGUAAAAUACAAGUCAAAAUAAAGGGACCUUUCGAUAAUUCUGUAUAAAAGUUCUCAAAAGGUAAUUUCCGAAAAAAAAAAAAAAAAAAAAAAACGAUUCGCGUUGAAUGCAAUAUUUCCGUAGCGGCGACCGAGUGUAAAAAUAAAAUCGUGAAUAUAAUUUAUUUUAUCAAGUUAAUUAAAGUUUUCUCAAUACAAAAAACUCGAAUUAAUUUUAAUAAAUGCAUAAUAUUCGAUUGUUUUCUGUAGUCAAUACCUUCAAUUAUAUUUUCUUUAAUCAGAUUCACAGAAAUAAUGUAUUUUCAUUCAUUUUUUUAAAUGAAAAAUAAAUUGCGUGUUUUUAAUAUUUAAUAUUGAUAUUUCUUUGAAAUUAGUUCUUUUUAAUGUUUUUCGCUCCAGCGCGCUUGUGAUAAAAUAUGAUCGCUGUGAACAGAGCGCAUCAUUAACAAGUUGACAUUAAAACAUGAAGUGUGUACGUACGAAGCUGCACGAUUUUCUGUUCUCUAAACUCUGCGAUGAAAUUUAUUACAGUAAUUUGAAUUUAUUUAUGUAAUGUAUAAGUAUAUAUAUACUCUUUGUACAUAAGCGUGUUUUUGGAGGACGUAUAAGAUACGUUCUUCGAGGCGAAAGAAUUAAUUUUCUCUGUUAAAAUCUGAAAUUUUAUAUCCUUUGUAAAAUUUAUUCAGCGUACGUAUAUCAUGUAUAUGUAAUACUAUUUAACUUUUUAAUUUAUUGUUAGUGAAAGGACUUUCGUGAAUGAAAUUCAGCUAUCCGCUCAUUGAUCUAAUGAGAUAAUGAUUGUAUAUACAAAUGCCAUUCAAGGUUGGACUGAAUAGAGAAAAUAGUAAAACGAUUCCGAAGGUUUAAAGUAUAAAAAUUAAAUUUAUAUUUUUAAAAUAUUAAUAAAAAGUUAAUAAAAAUAAAAGAAGAUAAAAAAUUAUAUUAAUAUGAUUAAAUAAUAGAGUUGCUUCAAUUUUAUUUUAGGAGUGACAAAAUAAAUUUUCUACUAUUUGAAUGUUUAUUACAUUGAUUUUAUGGCCGUCUUUAAUAAAACUCGCAAUUUAUGCAAGUUCUACAAUGUCAGCAGGAGUAAUGGAGUAAGGAGUAAGAGUAACAAUUGAUCAAUUAAAAACCGGGAGUAAACGAAAUGGACAAAUCUCAUUUCAUAUUUCUUACUUCUUACUCCUACUCCUGCUAACAUUGUAGACCUUGCAUUACAUAUUUAAUUGAUUCAUAAACAAGUUCCUGUAGAUAAUAACAAUUUCUUUUCUUUUAUCUUAGAAAAUUUUAAGUUUUAAUUCCAUCUAAUAAUGCCUACAUUUACUUGGUAAUAAAGUCUCUCAAUUGCAAAUCAUUACUAUAAUUAUACAUAUAUUUUAUAAAAUUGUGAAAGUAAAAUCUUAAAAUAGAAGAUUUAAAAUAUAUAUGCGUCACAUGAUGCCUUGAAAAUUUAAAUCAGAGAACAGUUGUGUUACGAUUCAAAAA